AUGCAGCCCUUCAGCAUCCCCGUUCAGAUCACACUCCAGGGCAGCCAGCGGCGCCAGGGAAGGACAGCUGUUUCUACCUCAGGGAGGAAGAGAAAUACAGACCACAAUGGUGGAGACCCACCAGCUGGGCACGAGAAGCUGCCGUCCAGUGCUGGAGAGGACCGAGCCAUGCUGCUAGGGUUCACAAUGAUGGGCUUCUCGGUUCUGAUGUUCUUCUUCUUUGGAACAACCAUCCUAAAGCCUUUCGUACUCAGCACUCAGAGAGAAGAGGCGAACUGCACUAUUGUCCUCACACGUAUCACAGACGACGGGAUGGGCUGCGCUUUCACCUGUGGUGUGGCCUGCCAAGGUCAGGGCACAUAUCCCUGUCUUCAGGUGCUGGUGAACCUCACCCAUUCGGGCCAGAAAGCUCUCCUACAUUACAAUGAAGAGGCUGUGCAGAUCAAUUCCAAGUGCUUUUACACACCCAAGUGCCACCGAGACAGGAAUGACUUGCUCAUCAGGGCUCUGGACGUAAAGGAAUUCUUCGAUCACAUAAACGGGACUCCCUUUUCAUGUUUCUACAGUCCAGGCAGCCAAUCUGAAGAUGUCAUUCUCAUAAAAAAGUAUGACCAAAUGGUUAUCUUCCACUGUCUACUCUGGCCUUCACUGACGCUGCUAGGUGGCGCCCUGAUUGUUGGUAUGGUGCGGUUAACACAGUACCUGUCCCUCUUGUGUGAGAAGUACAGCACUGCACUCAGAGAUGAGGCAGGUGGCAAAGCACCUUAUACAGAACAGCAUCGAAGGAGCUGA